AUGGAAAUUCCAAAAGCUCACUUCUCUUUGGCCAUUCUUGUCAUUCUCUUUGCGGUUUCAAGUAGCCAAAAUGUUGCCACCCCGGCCUGUAAGGCUAAAGAACCCUUCAACUGCGACAAUCCCCUUACAUUCAACCGAACUAGUUUUCCAAAGAACUUCACUUUUGGUGCGGCUACUUCCGCCUACCAGAUUGAAGGUGCAGCACAUAGAGCACUUAACGGAUGGGAUUAUUACACUCACAGAUAUCCAGAGAAAGUUCCAGAUCACAGUUCUGGAGACCUUGCUUGUGAUUCGUAUGAUCUUUACAAGGAGGAUGUCAAAUUACUGAAAAGAAUGAAGGCACAAGCCUACCGGCUCUCAAUAGCAUGGUCUAGGGUCUUACCAAAGGGAAGAUUGAUAGGAGGGAUUGACGAAAACGGGAUCAAAUACUACAAUAACCUCAUCAAUGAGUUAAAAGCAAAUGGCAUAGAACCGUACGUAACAAUCUUUCACUGGGAUGUUCCCCAAACUCUAGAAGAUGAGUAUGGAGGUUUCUUGAGCCGGCGUAUAGUGGAGGACUACAAAAACUAUGCCGAGCUUCUAUUCCAGAGGUUUGGAGACAGAGUCAAAUUUUGGAUCACUUUAAACCAACCUUACUCUCUUGCAAGCAAAGGUUAUGGAGAUGGAUCGUAUCCGCCUGGUCGGUGCACUGGCUGUGAAUUUGGAGGAGAUUCUGGAACCGAACCUUAUAUAGUUGGACAUAACCAACUUCUAGCUCAUGCAAAAGUUGUAGAAUUAUACAGAAAAAGAUAUCAGAAAUUACAAGGUGGUAAGAUAGGAACGACCUUGAUCGGGAGAUGGUUCACCCCAUUAAACGAAAAUAGCAUUCGCGACACGGCUGCUGCAAAGCGAGCAUUUGAUUUCUUCGUCGGAUGGUUUUUGGAUCCACUGGUCUAUGGAAGAUAUCCAAAGAUAAUGCGACAGAUGGUGGGAAAUAGAUUGCCCAAAUUCACACCCCAAGAAUCAAAAUUAGUCAAAGGAUCACUUGAUUUUCUAGGGUUGAACUAUUACGUUACUCAAUAUGCGACCACCGCACCUCGUUCCACACAACCUAAUGUCAUAACCGAUGCAAGAGUUACUCUUGGAUAUUAUCGCAACAAAGUACCUAUUGGUGUUCAGGCGCCUAGCUUCGUCUACUACCCUCCAGGGAUCCGUCAGAUUCUUAACUAUAUCAAAAACAAUUACGGAAACCCACUUACCUACAUCACUGAAAAUGGAGUUGCUGAUCUUGAUACCGGAAACUUAACGCUGCCAGAUGCUCUUGCUGAUAAUGGACGAAUUCAAAAUCAUUGCAGCCAUCUUUCAUGUCUCAAAUGUUCUAUCGAUGAUGGAUGCAACGUAGCAGGGUAUUUUGCAUGGUCUUUGAUGGAUAACUACGAGUUCGGAAAUGGUUACACUCUCCGCUUUGGUAUGAAUUGGGUCAAUUUCACUAAUCCUGCUGAUCGAAGAGAAAAAGCUUCUGGAAAAUGGUUUUCUAAGUUCAUUAUCAAACAAUAA